GCUUAUACAUGCUUACUCUUCUAUGCAUAGUCUCCAUGGUCAAAUCAGAAUCAUGUUUGUGUUUUUUGCGGUUCAAAUUGUUUUCAUCUUAUAACAUAUCGUAUCUUUAAGUUAUACGUCAACACAAUAUUAUUACUAUGUUUAGUAAUAGAAAACGUUAAAAUUACACCUCAAAAAAUAGAUGAUGUAAAAUGUAAUUCUAUGUUUUAUUUACAUUAUUGUUUAGAAUCUGGAUGUAUGCUGAGUAGGCAUUAGUUUGUUAUUGAUGUGUACUAGCAUCAAAGAAUGAUAAAACAAUUUCACGAUAUGCAUCAACCUAAAUUCUUGAUUAGUAUUAAAAAUCUUUGAAAACUCAACAAAAAUAAGAAAAGUAAUAUAAUAGUUGAUGAUUUUAACUGUGAUAUACUUAGCCAAGAAAUAAUAGGCCAUGAAUUUCUACAAGUAUUUCUAGAAAAUGGUUAUUGUCCAGGUUUUAAUAGUAUAACCAAACUAUCCACUAAUGACAACAAUAAAGAUAUUCUGCAUCAAACAUGGCUGAAGAUUUUGAUGUUGAAGCGAUGCUAGAAGCACCAUAUCAAAAAGGGGAAUUGGAUAUUUCUCAAGAAAAAAUUCCAAAAGAAAACGGUUCCCACCGCAAACUAAGCAAGAAUAAACAUCGUUCUCGAUCUCGAUCGCGAUCGAGAGAUCAUCGAGAUAAAGAGCGCAAGGACCGGGAUAAAGAUAGAAACAAAGAUAAAACUCGUGAUAGAGAUAAAGACCGUGAUAGAAGGCGUAGAUCUCGUUCAAGAGAUAGACGAGAUCGUGAUCGAGAUAAAGAUCUUGGAAAAGAUCGUGACAAGCGGAAUAAAGAUCGUGAUAGAGAUCGUGAUAAGAGAAGAAAACGUUCACUUACACCAAUAACACUACCUCGAGUUCGACAAACAUUUGGAAAAGCGGUCAGUCCAAUAAGAAUACAAAGUGAUGAACUUACACCUGAAGAAAGAGAUGCACGUACGGUAUUCUGUAUGCAACUGAGCCAGCGCAUUCGGGCUCGCGAUCUAGAAGAAUUUUUUUCUAGUGUAGGAAAAGUUCAAGAUGUGCGUUUAAUUACUUGCAAUAAAACAAGACGAUUCAAAGGUAUAGCAUACGUGGAAUUUAAGGAUCCAGAAAGCGUUACUUUGGCUCUUGGUUUAUCAGGACAAAGACUACUAGGAGUUCCUAUUGUUGUGCAGCACACUCAAGCCGAAAAAAAUCGUAUGGGAAAUUCAAUGCCGAAUUUGAUGCCUAAAGGAUUGAGUGGUCCAAUGAGAUUAUAUGUUGGUUCUUUGCAUUUUAAUAUUACUGAGGACAUGCUGAAAGGUAUAUUUGAACCUUUUGGUAAAAUUGACAAUAUUCAAUUGAUUAUGGACCCUGAAACAGGACGAAGUAAAGGAUAUGGCUUUAUUACGUUCCGUAAUUCUGAUGAUGCUAAAAAGGCAUUAGAGCAGUUAAAUGGAUUUGAAUUAGCUGGCAGACCUAUGAAAGUUGGUAAUGUUACUGAACGUACUGAUUUGGUUCAAGGUCCAUCUUUACUAGAUACUGAUGACUUAGAUCGCAGUGGUAUUGAUCUUGGUGCAACUGGUAGAUUACAAUUAAUGUUCAAGUUGGCUGAAGGCACUGGAUUAGAAAUACCUCCAGCGGCAGCCACUGCAUUAAAUAUAACACCUGUUAUACAAACUCCUCAAUCACAACAACAAACGGCUCCACCUAUUGCGACACAAUGUUUCAUGCUUUCCAAUAUGUUUGAUCCUCAUAGUGAACAUUCAACGAUCUGGGUUAAAGAAAUACGAGAUGAUGUAAUUGAAGAAUGCAACAAACAUGGCGGUGUAUUACACGUUUAUGUCGAUGAAGCUUCACCGCAAGGAAAUGUAUAUGUAAAAUGUCCAUCAAUUGCUACAGCCGUAGCUUCAGUCAAUUCUUUGCAUGGUAGAUGGUUUGCAGGCCGCGUUAUUACUGCUGCUUAUGUACCAGUUGUUAAUUAUCACUCUCUUUUUCCGGAUUCAGCAGCAGUACUUCAAUUACUUACACCCAGUAUUCCACGGAAAGGGAUAUAAGAAAAUUACAUAAUUACAAAUUUACCAAACUGUAAAAUAUAGAAGUGAUAAAUACUAAAACAAGACUUUGAAUCGAUGAGUAUGAUGAUGUAUCGUCAUUAUAGCAAUGGAUUAUUUCUUUUUGUAAAAAUUAUUAUCAUGUUUUACUAUCAUCUAUUAUUAAAUGAUGAAUUUCAUUCAUAUGAAUUGACUAUGUUUUAAAUAUAUUAGU